GCUAAAGAAAGUCGUAUCAUUUCUGAUUCCUCGGAGAUUGAAGAAUCCACGGAUGAAUCCUCAGAACUGAGUGAUGAGGAAAUUUCAGAAGAUUCUGACCAAAUGGUCACAGAUGAUUCAGAUGAAUCUACAAUUGCAACUAGAUCAAAGCGAAGGGUGAAUCGUGUUAAUUAUUCGGAUGAAAAGUACUUUAAAAGUCGUCUAGGUAAAGAUCCGAAUGAACUAAAAAAAAGGAAGAGAUCUUUCCCCGAAAAUAAAUUCGAUAAAAGACGUUUUAAACAUUUAUCAUCUAGACUAAACGAUUAUAGCAAGGAGGUUGAAAGUUUAGAUAAUACUGUAAUCGUUUCAAUAGAUAACUCUGAAUUUUAUGAAACCGUGGAUGAUGAACUUUUAAAAGAUAAUGACGAUGAUUCUAAUGAAGAAGAAUCUUUUACAGAAAGUUCGAAUAAAAAUUCUGAAGACGACGAUUAUUCUGAAA